AUGGACCUCGCAAGCCGGCCGCUCACCAAGCGGCCACGCGCGUCGCUGGCCUGCAACGCGUGUCGCCAGACAAAGUCCAAGUGCGACGGCAACCGACCCGUCUGCGAGCGCUGCAGAAACAAUGGCAGCGCCUGCGUCUACACCCAGGGCGGCCGCGACAAGCGCAUGGAGCGCCAGGAGGAGCGCAGGGCAAACAUGGCCCUCGUCAGCCGCGUCAAGGAGCUCGAAGCCCGCCUGGCCGCCGCCACCGCCCGCCAGACCCCGGACCCGACUCCCAAAGACCGUCCCGCCGACCCCCUCGAGGCCCUGCCCGACGCCGGGACCAAGGCCGCUGUCCGGACCGCCGAAUCGAUGACGACGGCCGACGCCAUCGCCACCGGCCUCUUCGACCAGCCGCCCGCCGUCGACAUUGGCUACUUUGGGUCGAGCUCCAACCACGCCUUCUUCUGGUCCCUGUCGGCCAGCAUUGAAAACGUCGGCCACCGCAGCGCCUGUCGCUACCAGGAGCCCUUCUCGCGCCAGGGCCCGGCCGUCGACCACCGCCCUCGCCACCCGGCAGAGCCGGCGUCCGCGAGUCAUGCUGCGCCGCCGGCGCCGGUCUCGGACGACGAUUCCUUCCCGGAGCCUCGCCUGGCCGUCGAGUGGACCACCCGCUUCUUCGACACCGUCGGCACCGUCUUGCCCUAUAUUGGCGAGUCAGACGUCCUCCGCGAGAUUGACAAGAUUGAUACCCGCGGCCAGGGGUGGCAGUCGGCCGGCCGCUCCACACAGGCCCUGCUCAGCAUCGUCUUUGCCCAGGCCCUGUACGCCAUGGGCGGCGAGCGUUCGCCUGAGCCCUUUUAUCGACGCGCCUUGAGCUUGCUGGAUGAAAAAACGGUUUACAUCCCCACCAUCGACGCGCUUCAAGCGUUGCUUCUUCUCGCCAGCCUCCAGCAGAACACGCAGCGAUCCAUGGAGAGUUGGACACCGCACUACCGCGCCGUCCGGAUCUCCUAUCAGCUCGGCAUCCACGCGCCGGCGUCGUACGAGUACCUGGGCAUCCAGGAGAAAGAGAUUCGCUCGAGGCUGUGGUUUGCCGUCGUGAACCAGGACAGGAUCCUGACGGCUGGCCUGGCCCGUCCCUGUCUCAUCCCGUUGCAACACGUCCGCAUGGAGCUCACAGACUUCCUGGGUCCCCUGCGCCCGAUCCGGACCGCCGACAUGUCGUGUCCCAAGGAGAGCUUGGUUUACUUCCGCCAUCUCAUAGCCCUGCACGAAAUUCUCGGCAUCACCGUCGACUCCAUCUACAGCUCCAACAUCAGCUCGUCUAGCAGACUCGCGCUCGGAGACUUGUUGGCCAAGACGGUUGAUCUUUCCUGGAGACUCGAGAAGUGGCGCGAGAGCGCAGCCCCUCCCGGCAUCGUCAGCGCCGACGCCGACUUCGGCACGUGGACGGCGGCGGGCUUCGAGGCCGAGCGAUACACCAUCCUCCUCUCCAUCUUCCACUACCGCGCCAUGAUGCUUCUGCACGGGUCGCUGCUGAUGAGGGUCCUGGAGCGAGUCACGAGCUUCGGGCAGGAUGCCUCCUCGGGCGUUCUCCAGGACGCGGCCCUGUCUCUCUUGAGCAACUACCUGCGGGCCAUUCGGGACUGGCUCCGCCUCAUCAACGGCAUCCUCCGCCACGGGCGCUCGUUCCUUAACCGAAAUGCGGUGUGGUGGACGAGCAACUACAUGAUGCUCUCUACAUGUAUUCAUACGUUUGCCUUUUGGCAGCUGUCGUCAAACCUCAAGUCGAGCAUGGCAGUUCUCAGCGUCCACACCAACGACGUUGAGGCCCUCCUCCGGGGUAGCCUCGACACGCUGAAGCUCCUGGGGGGCACCAGCAUCAUGAGCCGCAAGGCACAUCGCUGUCUCCAGCGAUACAUGGAGUUCUUGAAUAACAUGCGCCCGCCUACCGGCAGCUCCAUGAACACGGGCGCCGUAACCAGCGAGGUCGGCGCUCUCUCGGCCCCGGCCACCGAGCCGACCCGCGCAUCGCCCACCGCUUGCGACCAGACCGACGAAGGCCUGCCGCCGACGGACCCGCCGGAAAUGCAGUGGACCCCGGCGAACCCGGUCGGCGAGGGCCUGUCGGUUGAGAUUGGCAACGACGUGAUUGCCAGCUGCAUUGAUGACAUGUUUGGCAGCCUCGACCACGACAGCUUUAUGAAUACACACUUUUUUGGCCUCGAGCAGGCAAUCAGCGACUUUGACGCCUGCGGUUUCAUCUAG